GAAACUUGGAAAAAUCAUUUACAAUUUACACGAGUUUAAAUGCCAAUCUUCUCCCGACUUUCUAACCCAUUGGCCGUAGCCGGCAAUUUUCAACCAAAUCCAAGUAUUGACCGCCUUGUAAAAUUCUUGAAUUCAGUACCUGGGACUGACAAAAUUUUGAUGUUUGUUCAAUAUUAUUCGAAAAUUUUAAUAUGGUUUUUCAAUCGUAUUGGUAAGGAGUCAUGGGCUCAACGUAUUGUCAACUUAAAUAAUCCGGUAACUGAUUUUAGAAUCUUCCUUAGGUUUUAUGGUCUUCUUCCAUUGAUUCAAUGGAUGAUUCAUAUUGAACACCAUCCACCAGUAUCUUCAUUACUUUUACAAAUUGAACGUAUUCAAAAUCUUACCAUGAUUUUUUAUUAUCCCCUCGAACAUAUUUGGUGGCUUGCAAAUCACGAAGUUAUUUCUAUUUCUGAAGCUCGAAUGAAUAAGAUUGGAGUUUGGAGCUGCCGCUUUUGGGCAGUUCAUGUCAUUCUCCAAUUUUUACAUCUUGCCAUAGAAUGGAAGUUAUAUAAAAGACGAAGUCGUGAUAUUAUCAAAAAAGUAGAUGGUGAUGAAGAUGAUAUUAGGAAGGAAAAACGGCAGAUUAAAAAAGCAGGAGAAAGAAUUAUAAGAGAUACAAUUAUUAACAUCGGUUAUUUACCAUUAACAAUGCAUUGGUCAAUCGAAAAUUCAUCUUUUCCUGAUAUUGGUGUUGGUAUCUUUGGUACACUUGCCGCUUUUUAUCAACUGGUCGGCGCGUGGAAAGCAACAAAUGAAUAAUGAUAAAAUUAUAAAAUUAUAAAAAAAAAAACAAUUUAUUCUAAAAACUUUAGUAAGGUUUAUUAUAUAAUCUCUAUUGGUCGGAGAUGGUUCUAACACAAAAUUCGCUCGUCUGUUGUCUAUAUUUAUUUUAUAAAUUUAGAUUCUUUGUAUUUGUCAUUAUUAUUAUUAAUCAAAUAUAUAGUGUAUAUUAUAAAAUAAUAACGCACGUGAUUUUUCG